AUGGCUUUGCGCGAAGAAUGGUGUUCGGAAAAUUUAUCCAAACUUCUUCAAGAAGAAUUAAGAAUUUCGACUUUAAGCGAGUUGAAAGAUCAUCUAAUAGCACUUCCUCGUGACGAAGCGGUAAAGGUAGUGGAUAGAUUGCAGUUACCUCUAAUUUUCGAUUGUUUAGAUGAUUCCAACAAUGAUCAAAUAGAUUUAGCAUGUGAAGUGUUGACACUUUGUAUGAGUAAUUUGACUGUAGGGGAAACUGCCUCGAAAUAUGCAGCACCCCUAGAAAAAAUGUUGAGUCAUCCUUAUAGCCCAGUUAAACUGAUGGCUUUAACAGAACUCGAAAAGUCUAUGAUAAGCGAAGAAGCAUUAGUGGAGGUAUCCAAGCGGAUAUCUCUAAUAAAUAAUGUUAUAACCUGCAUAGGUGACAACAACUUAGGAGUUGCCAAAAAGGCUUCCAAUAUUAUAGUUACCUUAGGUACUACUAUUCCAGGGAUUCAUAGUAUAACGAAACCAGACAUCAUGGAUGCUUUUCAUGCUUGUAUGGCCAUCAGUGAAGUUGUACGUCUUAGAAUUUAUGAAAUAUUGGUGAAAAUUUCUGUCAUAUCUGAACAUAGUUUUAAUAAACUUAGAGAAAUCGGAUUUAUUUCAUGUAUUAUAGAAGAGCUCAAUACAAACGAUGUUUUAUUUAGAAUGAAUAUUGUAGAAAUUCUAACCCCUCUGGGAAUGUGUGACCAUGGAUAUGCUUUCCUUGAUGAAAAUAAAAUUUUAAGCAAUUUUCUUUCAAUUAUUUGUAUAUCUGAUUUGGAUAAAGAUGUCUCAUUGCUGCUUAGUCAGCCUGGAAUUGCAAAGUUUUUUGGCAAUGUAGCAAACAAACGUCCCCUUGAAGUCCUAUCAAAAUACCCCCGAUUUUAUGACUACUUGUUUGACAGUAUUGAAAGUGAUAAUUUAACUAUUGUUGCAACUGUUCUGGAUACUCUAGGUCAUAUUGGGGAAAGUAACCAAGGAAAAAAUGCUCUAUAUUCCACUGGCAACAAAAUAUUUGAUGUCAUCAAAACAAUUUCAAAAAUGCUAGGUUCAUUACCAACUGAACUUAAAAUAUCAGCUUUAAACUGUAUUGAAAAUCUUUUACAUGUCUCUGAACAUAAGGAUAACAUUGAACUGACUACAAAAAGGUGGUUCCACGCCUUAGGAGAAAAUCCUAUGGAAAUUGUUUUGCGGUAUGCUAAAAAUCCAUUUUUGGAGCUAAAGUUGGCAGGGUUGGGAGUUCUUAAAGCUGUAGCAGGGCAACUUUGGGGUCAAGAAACUAUUAAGAAUACUCCAGGUUUAAUAGAAUAUUUAUUGGAUCGAAGUGUGGAAACAGCAAAGGAAUGUAAGGAGAAGAAAUAUGAAAUCAUUCAAUCACUUGCUUUAAGUCCUGUAUUUGAUCAUUUCACAACUGAAAGGCUUAAUUCCUAUGUAAAACAGGGGCCAUUUUAUGUGCAAGCUGUUACUGAAAUUGCAAUUGAGGGAAAUGAAUAAUGAGAUGAAAUGAAAUAUUAGUUUAAGCAAGUUGUUUUUUUUGUUUUUGUUGCAUUGUGAGUAAUAUUAACUUUUUGUAUUGGUUUGUAUGUAAUAAAGUAAUUUUGAUGUGUUCAAUUCUGCAUUUUUGCAUAGCAAUACAUUAUUGCUUUCAGAAAAUGGCAGAAAACUGUUAGUAUGGAAUUAUGGAAAAACAUUUUGCAAGAUGUAAGGUAUAUUAUUAAUUAGCCUUGCAAAUAAAUUUAUCUAACACUAGUGUGUAUAUUCUGUGUGAAACAAAAAUUUAAAUACUCGUGAAAUUUUAAAACACCUUGAUAAUUUAGCCA